UGAUUGAUGUUGUAGUGCUGGGAAACGUGGAUGAGUGAGUGAGUGAGUGAGUGGGUUGAAGUGGUGCGAUAGAAGGAAGGGGAGGGUUCGGAUGGAUGGAGAUGGAGGUGUGGCGCGAGAUUUAUCGCGAGUCUUGACACACACGUAGGGAGCAUGGUCGGGAUGGCGGAUCUGGUGCUUAUUCGAUGGAUGAGGUCUGAUCCUCAUGGCUUCAUCAUCAACGUGCAAACAAAGAACAAAGUCGUCGUGCCGCACUCAUAUGAAAAAACAAGCGCCGCGCGCGCAACCAUCUCCAGCAUCAUCACUACUGACAAUCAACACCCCCCUCAAAUACACGUAGAAGAGCCGCAAUCUCAAACCACUGUCCUUCGGCAGCUCAAAACCAUCCAUCAGCCCCAUCGGACGCGCAAAGUAAGACGGCCAUCCGAGUCCUCUCACCUCCCGAUCCAUACCCCCCAAGAAGCGAGGGCGUCCCGAUCCACGGAAUCCCCAUGCACGCCUCCCCAUCUAUCAAACCCCCAUUCCAGCAUAGCAUAG